GUUACGCUCUGAGUCUGGGUAAAUCCUGCUUCUUGCGCUUCAACCAUCCAGAGGAGGCCAGCCAUAUGAACAGGAUGCUGCCUCUGAAGACCCCUGUCUCACCCUUGGGCUACAGCACAGACUAUCUGAAGUUUAGUAGUGACUACAGACAUGGGGAGGUGGGAGGGGCCAGCAGCGCCAGAGGGAUGCGCUCAGCCUCAGAGCUCCGUGAUUUGAUGGACACCUUACAACGCAAGAAGAUUGCCCUGGAGACAAGCCUGAGAGCCAAUGGGGACGCUAGCCCCUCCUACUUCAGUAUGAAACAGUCUCCACCCACCACCACGUCUGUGACCUCACCCACCUCGAUGUGGUCAGCCUAUCAGGAACAGGCUAGGCGCUUCUACGGCUCUGAUCGUCCUCCUCUCUCUGGCAAAGCUGCCGCCCCUCGCUCCCCCUCUCGGCGCUCUGACCCCCCUUCCUCCCGAACCUCCAUGACCCGGAAACAAUCAUACCAAUCACAGGACAACCUGCUCAUCUCCCCUGGCAAUGGGCGACGCCCACUAAACCCAAACUCCUCCCCCCUGUUGUCGAUGCGGAACUGUGGAGGUUCCUCUAACUCAGUGGCCGGUGGUGAUAGCCUCUCCUCUCCUCCAACCUCAUCCCUCUUUCCAACUAGUGGAGCAGCCAGCAUGCCCUCCAGUCCCCGCCUGGGACUACGAAGCCACAGCAACCAUGAGCCGGUGUCUAGCAACCGAACCAGGAAGUACUCUGCAGGGUCUAUAGGCGGCAUAAUGGAAAGUCACAACUGCUCACUGCCCCGCCUCUGCCCCUCAUCAUCACCUCGUUCCCAUGACAACGGAGCCCUGGCCCUGUUUUCCCUCCCCCUAACUUCUAAUCCUCUACGCAACUCCUCUCACAACAAUAGCCAAAACCACACCACAAACAACAACUACAACCAUAACCAAAUGACUAACUUCACCUACAGCCAGGCCCAAAACAUGAACCGGAACCAAGGAGAGGGGGUAGAAUCCAUCUCUCUCUCCAUCCCUGAAUCUCCCACCCAGGCCCCUCCAGACGUGACCUCACCGUCCCUAUCAGGGGGCUCUUACAGCCCCGGUGUGGCCAAGAUACUCAGCUUCAACUCCACCGGCUCCACCUCCAGCCUUCAGGAGCCAAAGAGGUCAGCCAGCCGAGGAGCCUCCCCUGGACCAGAGCUCUUUCUGGGGGAGAGGCAGAGAGAGCACAGGGGGGGAAGACUGGAGCCUGGGUUAGGAUUAGAGGAACGAAGGCAGUCAUUUGGAAAGGGAGGGGUGGGGCUGGGGGCGGGGUUGACCCCACCAGGGGGGUUCAGGGUGAGGAGUGGCAGUAUCAGCUCCCUGAGUGGGAAGGAAGAACUGACUGACUACCACCAUCGCCAGAGAGACGAGAGACUACGAGAACAGGAAGUGGAGAGACUGGAACUCCAACGGCUGGAGACCAUCCUGUCUUUGUGUUCAGAGCUGGGGCGAUCGGAGCAGGACAGGGAGAAGAGUGUUGGUUCUAGUCCAGGUACCGGUGCCGGUCUAGCCGAUCUCCAAAAGAUCAACCGGGAACUAGAGAAGCUCCAGGUCUCUGACGACAAAGAGCCAGUAUCAGUCUUCUUCGACUUAACCGUUAACGGAAAUGGUACCGCCUCGGAAAACAAUUAUUAUGGUAAUGACCAGGAGCGUCAGGUCGGACUGCGAUGGAGCAGAGAUCCCCGUGACAACAGGGCGGAAUCACCCGUUGUCACUCUACGAAGCUCUGCCUCCUCGCCCACCCCGCAUCUACCGAGGACCAAUCAGGCGCUGGCGGAGGACGAGGGACGUCGGAGGAAGGAAGUGACCCUUGUGGAGGAGGAGAGGAUCCAGGUGCUCAACAACAUGGACAAGCUGGAACAGAAGAUCAAAGAACUGGACAACCAGAUGGACGAAUCACUCAGAGAAGUGGAGAUGGAGGGUGCCCUGGUGCAGGCUGAGCAGGAUGCAGAGCUAUCAGCUCUGCAGCAGGAGAGCGAUGCUGUGGAGACACUCAACACCAAGAUGGCCGACAUGGAACAACAGGCACCGGACCAGAAGCCACAGGACUCUGAGGUGCUGCAGGCUGAGACAAAGCGUUUUAAGGACCUGGAGGACCAGCAGAUGGAGAGAGAGAGUCAUCAUAAUGAGGAGAAGGAGACAAGCACACAACACCUUCUCAGAGAGAUCGUUGACUAUCAACUCAGCACCGUCACACGCAAGGGGAGGCUGGUGACCCUGAAGAAGCAGGCGGACCUGAUUACCCAGCAGGCUCAGCGAGAGAAGGAUAGCUUUCUGAAGGAGAGGACCAACCUGCAGAUGAUGCUGCAGAGGGAGAAAGAGAACCAUGCCUCUCUGGAGAGGAAGUAUGCUGACCUCACAGGUGGGCGGCACUUCCCUCUCAGUCCUAUCAGUCUCAAGGAGGUUCAGCACUUCCGUUGGCUGGAGGAGAGGAAGAGGUUAGUGAAGGAAGGCGGGGCCCACCCGAGUGACACGUUACCCAGGAAGAAGACCACUGUCACCCCUCAGUUCAGCUGUGUUACACUGGGACACAGCAUGCUUAACAAGUCCCAGCAGCCCCCGGUGCAGAGUUGUAGCAGUGUCAGUAUUCUACCAAGGGCCAUGUCUGUCUCCAGCAAUACAGAUACACACCAUCUGCACAAGGGUCAGGCCACCCGGUCCAACAUGUACCUGGACAGUGGCAACGGCCAGACCUACGACACCAUGAGCAUGGACAGCUUGGACUCCAUGGACACCAGCAUCUCUGUCUGCUCACCUGACAACGUCUCCUGUGCCAGCACGUCUAAUGUGACCAGACUGGAGGAGAUGGAGCAUCUACUGAGACAGGCCCAGGAAGAGAAGAACCGCCUCAUAGAACACAAGGAGCAAGAGAUGGAGUCGCGCAAACAUGCUCUGGAGGAGGAGAGGAGGAGGGAGCAUCUGGAGAAACGACUGCAGGAGGAGACCAACAGACGACAGAAACUCGUCGACAGGGAGGUGAAACUACGGGAGAAACAGAGAGCACAGUCCCGUCCUCUGACACGUUACCUGCCGGUGCGUAAAGAUGAUUUUGACCUGAGGGCCCAUAUAGAGUCAGCGGGCCACAGUGCUGACACCUGUUUCCACCUGUCCCUCACGGAGAAGAUCUGUCGAGGAUUCCUGGUCAAGAUGGGGAGAAAGAUAAAGACCUGGAAGAAACACUGGUUUGUCUUCGACCGCAACCGGCGAACACUCUCCUAUUUCUCAGACAAGCACGAGGCCAAGCUGAAAGGGGUCAUCUAUUUUCAAGCCAUAGAAGAAGUUUACUACGACCACUUAAAGAAGGCACACAAGAGUCCUAACCCAUGUCUGACGUUCAGUGUGAAGACUCAUGACAGGAUCUACUACAUGCUGGCCCCCUCUCCUGAGGCCAUGAGGAUCUGGAUAGACGUUAUCGUCACCGGGGCCGAGGGAUACACUCAGUUCAUGGUGUAGAAGGUGUGAUGUGGCCAGGGUGGAGGGAUACACUCAGUUCAUGGUGUAGAAGGUGUGAUGCGGCCAAUGAGAAGGGACACAUCCAGUUGACGCUGUAAGAGUGGUGCUUCGGCCAGAGUGGAAGGAUACGACCAGCGUGCGGUUCCUGGGCCAGGACUAGAUCCUCUCUUUUCUCUGUGAUUAUAAUGGACGGUUGUUCUUAUUUCUGUAUUUUAUUAUUUGUAAAACUUUUUUCCAAGGAAGAAUUCUCCAACCGCUGCAUUAACUCUCGCCGGUAACUCUACUGGGAUUGGCCAGUGUUUUUAUGCAUCAUUAUGUUGAAAAAGUGAUUGGUUGUUGAUUAGCUAGGGAUGUACAUAGCAACCACAGGAGGCUGGUGACAUGUUAUGAGUCGUCCUCACCUCAGCAGUCUUCACUGGUAGCAACAUGAUGUGCUAUAGUAAACAAGCAAAACAGAACAGUCAUUAAACUUCCUGGUUGUAUAGGGAUCAAGUUACUGAUAUUUACUCAACCUUUACGUCCUCUGUUGUGUCCUCCAGUGUAGCCAGAGGUCAAAUCAUUUCUGCAUGGAGUGUCUGGCUAGCCAGGGGUUGAUGCGGUAUUGGGCAUUACUGUGCUUUUUAACCAUUCAAAAAAAAAACAAAGAAAAAAAAACAUUUGAAUGAUAUCAUUGGCUGAUUUUAUCAUGUAGUUAUAUUGUAUUUAUGCUAUUGAUUAUCAAUCCAUGUAUCGUUAUUUCCGCAUACAGAAAAAAAAGCAAGAACAUAUUGUGCCUUAAAGUGUUUGGUCCUUUUUCUUGAAAAGAGAAUUAUCAUAUGGUAUUGAUUUGUUUUGAUUUGAUAUACCUUCAACAGAGGAGCCAUGUGCUCAGAACCAGCAGUACCACAUGAGAACCACUAGAGGGUGAUCUUGUCCUGGAUUCAGACUGAAUCCUGGUCCUUUUCUCCUCUCCAGACACGGUGUAAAGGCACAUUGUGUUCACACACAGUUACUUCGGGAAUUAGAGACCUUCAACUAAAGCAGUCUGAGAGAGCCUCAGAUAUAAGACACCUGCUAUGAGAAUAUCAGAUAUAAGACACCUGCUAUGAGAAUAUCAGAUAUAAGACACCUGCUAUGAGAAUAUCAGAUAUAAGACACCUGCUAUGACAUCUUUGACACAGUUUGCUGUUUUAGUUGGCAUUAGCAAGUUCUUGAUGAUUUUGUUUUUUCAUGUCCGUAACACACAUUAAAGUAUCAUGCAAUGAUG